UUCUUUGAAGUUCAUUAGAUACGGGUUUUGUGGAGACUGGACUGCAGAAUUAUACAGAAAAACUGCAAGUUGCAGAAAAAUAAAUGAUCUAUUAAAUCUUUCGUGUAAGAAAGAAGUGAACGAACGAAGUGUAUAUCCGUCAUGCGCUAGUAGUUUGCUACAAUAUUGCUUUUGCACUGCUUUAUUUUGGAAACGAGUCAUAUGAGUUUGAAGUGAAGAUGGCCGAGGGGAGGCUGAUAUCAUCGUACCCUUUUCAGGAUCCACAACUUUCACAAAGUUUGGACGCCACGGGGGACGCUGACAGGUUACAUAUUCAAGCUAAAAACGGACAUGUUGCUGGCACCCCGGAUGAGUCUUUCUCUCCGACGUCGGUCAUUUAUUUUAAAGAGGCGCUCAGUUCGGCCAACAUCCGAUUUGCAAAGACUGGACUGUCAUCUCCCAUUCCUGUUCAAUAUGAGUUCAAUAUCGAAAGAAUGUCCAACAAAACGAAAAAUCCGAAGGACCCUAUAGCCAUCGAGCGGUUGAACCUGAUGAACAUGGCUAAGCUGAGCAUCAAGGGUCUGAUUGAGUCGGCCCUGAACCUGGGCAGGACCCUGGACUCUGACUACGCUCCGUUGCAGCAGUUCUUCGUGGUCAUGGAGCACUGCCUCAAACACGGACUCAAAACCAAGAAGACGUUCCUGGGGCAGAACAAAUCUUUCUGGGGGGCCCUGGAGCUGGUGGAGAAACUCACCCCUGAGGCUGGAGAGAUCACCGCCAGCGUCAAGGACCUGCCAGGACUCAAAACCCCAUUAGGAAGAGGGCGGGCCUGGCUGCGAUUGGCCCUGAUGCAGAAGAAGCUGUCAGAUUACAUGAAGACCAUCAUCAACAGAAAGGACCUGCUCAGUGAGUUCUACGAGUCCAACGCUCUCAUGAUGGAGGAGGAAGGAGCCGUGAUCGCCGGACUGCUGGUUGGGUUGAACGUCAUCGAUGCUAAUCUCUGUAUGAAGGGAGAAGACCUCGACUCACAGGUCGGGGUGAUAGAUUUCUCCAUGUAUCUUAAGGAUGGUCAAAGCAGCAAGACGGCAGAAGGGGAUGGCCAGAUCACAGCCAUCCUGGACCAAAAGAACUAUGUUGAGGAGCUAAACAGACACCUGAGUGCUUCAGUCAACAACCUGCAGGCCAAAGUAGACGCUAUGGAGAAGUCCAACACCAAGCUCACUGAAGAGCUUGCAGUAGCCAACAACAGGAUCAUCACCCUACAAGAGGAUGUAGAACGAGUCAAGGAGGAGAGCUCCAACCAGCUAGAGUCCAGUCACAAGGAUGUAGAGAAGGAGUUGGAGAUUCAGAUUGGUAUGAAGCAGGAGAUGGAGCUGUCUAUGAAGAUGUUAGAGACGGAUAUGUGUGAGAAACAGGAUGCUCUGGUUGAGCUUCGACAACAGCUAGAAGACCUCAGGUCCCUCAACCAGCAGCUAGCGCAGAAGUCCCAGAACUUGGAGGCGGGCGCCAAGCAGAAGAGUGAGGUCAUCAGUCGCCUGGAGGAGAAGACUAAUCAGAUGGCUGGAACUAUAAAACAGCUGGAGAGCAGUGAGAAAGACUGUGUGAAGCAGGCCAGAAGCUUGAGUUCCAAUGCAGGGAAACUGCUGCAGAAGCAACUAUAGGACUCUCCUCUCUUCCCUUUUGCUCCCCACAAUGACACCCACAUCAUCAUUUCAGAAAUCCAAACAUAAAACCAACCUUUGCAUAAUAUAGAAAUGACUAAGCUAGGGUAUUUAUUUUGAUAUGAUAUCUGUUGCGGUUAAACCUUUUCAUUUCUAACUCUAACCUAAAACUAAACUCUCCUUAAACAGUUUUCCUGACAGCAUUACUUUGAUUAGCAGCAUGGACUGAGACAGGCUAGAGGGCACCAGAGAGAGGCUAUAUUUCUGUUGUACUGAGACAGGCUAGAGGGCACCAGAGAGAGGCUAUAUUUCUGUUAUACUGAGACAGGCUAGAGGGCACCAGAGACUAUCGUUCUGUUGGACUAGCAGUGCAGGGUGACUCCACUCACAGUACUACAUCUUUCUGUGUUAAUAAAGAUAUCAGACCCACAGCUGUAAUGAAUGUUCCCUGAUAAGAGGUUUGGGAUGUCUGCCAUUUUAGUAAGAGAGAGGUUACUGUUCUGAAAACUCUAAAUAUUUGCUAUUUCUUGAACAUCAACACACCCAGACGCCCCCUACAGUGGCAUAUCGUAGGUCCUUAGACCAGCCCAAUGCUACGUACAGCUUGUCCUUAGACCAUACAGACAUACGUGCUUAACCAGCCACUGAGCAGCCCUCUUUCUCACCCCAUGGUUAAUAAAGGGCUGGCCCCCUGCACCGUUAAGUUAUAAUGCCUGAGAAGCCUGUGUUUGGAGGACAUAUUGGCACGGGUGUUGUUAGGCCCGAGACGAAGUUGAGGCAAACCAUGCCAAUAUGUCCUCCAAACACAGGCUUCUCAGGCAUUAUCACUUUUAUACAACAGGUUACCAACCUAUUCAAAUAACGAUUGACAUUUUCAUUAGCUUUAUUUUGAUAAAUGUAUUCAUACCGUUUCAUCUUUACACAAAUCGAGGGUUACUAUCCAAGCUGGCUUGUCGUUCGUUCUAUCAGUUCGGUUAUCAGAGACGCGACCCAGUCGUUCAGUCGUUUUGUUCUGUAUCUAUGGAUGCAACACAGUCGUUCGUUCUCAAUGUUCUAUUGCCAUACUGGCUGGCAACGUUCUUGUCCUUUGCUUGCUAGCUAGCCAACUACGGCUAACUUAGUCACAUCAAAAAGUGCAGCCAGAUAACAGCAAAGUAACUGUAUUUUCAUGCUUGUUUAAGUAGUUUUCUAGUCACAGUUAUUUGGAUACAUUCAUAAGAAUUAGCAAAAGAAGUGCGAUUUCGCCUGGCAAGGGAAAUGUGCUCACUCAUCAGGACACUGUUGUUCAAAGGAGCAAGCCAAAAACACAGCGAACAUAAUCACUUCAAACUGAAGCUGGGAAGACUGCACUUUGUUUGACACUUUUUAUAUUAACAUUUGUUUUAAAUAUAUCCAUAAGAAUUAUGCGGAUUCAUGACUUGGACUGGCUGAGUCCCGACCCCUACACUUUCAUUACAAUGGGUCAGCUGGAGAUGGAAUUUCAAUAUUGAAACAAUGUUGCAAAUAUCAGAGAGACCGACCACAAGUUUUAUUAAAUCUCCGCUAUUGAAAACCAAUUGCUAGUUUAAAAGAAGUGGGAGAUAAUGUCUUGAUGCUUUUUACAGUGGAGAUCAGGUUUAUAAAUUGCCUGGCUGGGCUGAUGAGACAGUGGAUUGGUGCAGUCAGAUGGAACAGAGAAAAUAAGCAUUUUAACGUCAUAGAUUUAACCGGUGUAAACUUGUGGAAUAGUCACCGCCUGGAAUGCGGUUUUAACCAAUCAGCAUUAGGCCCAACCCUAAAGUCAUGGUACGGUAUAAAGUACCGUACCAUGACAUCUGGACCAUACAGCACACACAGUUUGUAGCUGUGCUUCCUUCGCUAGUCUGACUCCAGACGGCUUUCUGUGGAACCAUGCUGUUGGCCACUCACUGCUGUAUGGAGCAGUAGCCUGGUCCCAGAUCAGUCUGUGCUGUAUGGAGCAGUGGCCUGGUCCCAGAUCAGUCUGUGCUGAAUGGAGCAGUGGCCUGGUCCCAGAUCAGUCUGUGCUGUAUGGAGCAGUGGCCUGGUCCCAGAUCAGUCUGUGCUGUAUGGAGCAGUAGCCUGGUCCCAGAUCAGUCUGUGCUGUAUGGAGCAGUAGCCUGGUCCCAGAUCAGUCUGUGCUGUAUGGAGCAGUAGCCUGGUCCCAGAUCAGUCUGUGCUGUAUGGAGCAGUAGCCUGGUCCCAGAUCAGUCUGUGCUGUAUGGAGCAGUGGCCUGGUCCCAGCUCAGUCUGUGCUGUAUGGAGCAGUGGCCUGGUCCCAGAUCAGUCUGUGCUGUAUGGAGCAGUGGCCUGGUCCCAGAUCAGUCUGUGCUGUAUGGAGCAGUGGCCUGGUCCCAGAUCAGUCUGUGCUGUAUGGAGCAGUAGCCUGGUCCCAGAUCAGUCUGUGCUGUAUGGAGCAGUGGCCUGGUCUCAGAUCAGUCUGUGGCUAAAAUAACAAGUCGGAGCGCGAAGCACACUUAACCGCAUCUAUCAUGUCAGGGUAUAUAAUAUGUCCUGGAUCAACCAUAACCUUGACUGAAAAUGUGAAGGGUCAGUCCAUGACAGCAUGACGAUAAAGCAGUCCCAGAGCACAGCAAGGCUAAAUUACGUGUCUGUGGACAUCAACUGUAGUCAAUACUAGCAUAAUAAAGCGAUUCAAUCAAACUUCUUCUACUGGUCUGCUUCUCCUGGAUGAUUGGAAGGGGAGCGCCUGUCGUUCUCCCGGGUGAUUGGAGGGGAGCGCCUGUCGUUCUCCCGGGUGAUUGGAGGGGAGCGCAUGUCGUUCUCCCGGGUGAUUGGAGGGGAGCCCAUGUCGUUCUCCCGGCUGAUUGGAGGGGAGCCCAUGUCGUUCUCCCGGCUGAUUGGAGGGGAGCCCAUGUCGUUCUCCCGGCUGAUUGGAGGGGAGCCCAUGUCGUUCUCCCGGGUGAUUGGAGGGGAGCCCAUGUCGUUCUCCCGGCUGAUUGGAGGGGAGACCAUGUCGUUCUCCCGGGUGAUUGGAGGGGAGACCAUGUCGUUCUCCCGGAUGAUUGGAAGGGAGCGCCUGUCGUUCUCCCGGGUGAUUGGAGGGGAGUGUCUUGUUCUCUUUAUGUUCAUCCUAGCUUUGUUUUCCCUGUUUAUCUUCUUUUGAAAAAAGGUUUCUCCCUGUCCUGUCCUUUACAUUUUAUCUUAAGUUCAUGACGUCUUCUGUAGUCAUCCCCUCCCACCCCUGGUUCAGAUCCCGUCAGGCGGAGACCGCGAGGGACCAGGCAGGGGAGGAUAAUAGAAUGUUCAAACAGGAGUUUGGAGUGAAGAUAGACGCUCUACAGCUG